AUGAAGCAAGAUGUUAUGUGCAUGAGAGCGCUGGUUUUGCUUGCAAUGGCGCUAGCUGGUGCAUGUACUGAUCACGGCUUGGCGCUGCAAGAGCAUACAGAAACGCUGCAAGAAUCCCAAGAGCAUACAAAUGCGCAGCAAGAAUUCCAAGAGCAUGUAGAAGUGCAGCAAAAAUCCCAAGAGCAUAUAAAUGCGCAGCAAGAACCCCAAGAGCAUGCAGAAGCGCAGCAAGAAUCCCAAGAGCAUGCAGAAGCGCUGCCUAGUGAGUUAGAACUACUCAAAACGCUGUCUAUGACAUCUGACAGGCUAAGUGUGUCGUUCAUGGUGACCAAGCAGUUAUUUGACAAGGAAAAACGUCUAUUGAGUGAAUUAAUGGCCAUGCGCAAAAAAAAUACAGAAACCCACAGCCAACCGGAACUCACCAGAAACUUGAAAAGGUACCUCAUAGUGGGAGAAAGCAUGCUGGAAGAACACGAAAUAAUAGCCCCCAACGAAAAGGUAAAAGACGGCCUAAACUACUUCAACACGUUUAUAGAAGAACUAGAGAAAGGAUAUAGCCCGGACAUACACAAGUUAGAAUGCCUGGCCUUCUACAUUGUGCCCAACUUCAUAGUUUCCAUAGCUCAAAAAAUCCUAAUCGCACUCGACCCAAUUGCAAUCGAAUCUCUGAACGGCAUAUCCAACGAAAUAAACCGAGAGAGCCCGCUAGCACUGCGCAACAGCAUUAUAGAGGCCGCCACAACCAAUUUGAGAACUAUAUACAGAAUACUUGAUGCCUACCCAUCUGACCACUCCAUUUCCUCUAUGCCGAGUAAUUUUGUUUUUUCUCUGUCCUUCAAGGACUUUCUUACCAUCAGGUGGGCAGUCCACAUUUUAGAAUGCUUGGUUUAUAUAAUUACUCCAGAUGGAAAAGACAUGCCUGCCUCUACAAAUGCCAAAACUGCCUUGGUAGUUGUAAAAAAGGCCAUAGAAAACAUGAAAACUCGCUGCACGUUUCCAUAA